UCCUGCCUCAGUACAAGUCUGACUUCAGCAGGGAUCGAGCUGCACACUUGGAUUACACUCAGACGUCACAGAGGAGCACAACAGGGCAGCACUCAGCGCCUCACCAUGGGGAGCAGCAUGUCAUGUGUCCCGCAGCACAACUUCAGGUUCUCCAGUAAAAGUUUCAUACGCAGGAACAGCAGCCGUCUAUUUCGCAAGAACAAUCCCCAAGAGGGACAAGAAAAGUCAAACAGCAUCAUCAAUAUCCUGUGCACCGUUACCCCCAGGAAGGAAAUGUCUUCAAAAGAUCUGCAGACGAUAGAGAACAUAAAAUGGGAUCCUCAGUUCCCAUAUGACCUGGCCAGUGGAUGGAAGAAAAGCAGCAUCAAUGUGAAGAAUUACGGACGGAUGAUCCACAGCUCUAAAGUUCGCUUUCGCUUCGUUCACUGCCAGGAUGUACACGACUGCUACCUGGAUCUCUUUCAGACGCAUCUUCAUUUUGUCUCCAACAACACAACGGGACUCACAUACCAGGGCACACUUCCGUUGAAAGACAUCACAAUCCGCAAUCUGCAGCAGAACUGCAACCACAGUCAACCUCAGGAAUUUGCCUUUCAAAUAAACGGUGUCAGCCUCAACCCCAUCAUCGUCUACUGCGCCAGUCAACAAGAAAUGGACCUUUGGUUCGGUCUGCUCAAAGAGAACAUUGAGGCCAACGGAGGCAGUGCCAUCGCACCAGAAAACUACACCAGAGUCAAAGUGAGCCAGGACAAGACUCCCAACGGCAGGGAGGAGCUGAGGAACUCCGUCAACAAAGAGCCCAUCCACGAGUGGGAGGGCUCCCAGCGCGACAGCCUGGGGCCCAUCUCGUAUGUGACCAAAGUGCGACUGCAGCACCUGCCGUGCCAGGAGCAGAGCGACAGACUUCUGGUGAUGUAUCCAUCAACGCUCAUCAUCCUCUCGGAGGAGAACGAUGGCCUCUUCUAUAAGGGGAAACUUCCACUCAACAUGAUUACAGUGACCACGCCCUGCCAAGACAUCAAGCCCAACACCUUAUGAUUGAAGGUAACUGAGUCAGAAGCUAUCAACCCCAUAGUGGUGUCUUGUCUGGACAGGACGGUCUGCGACUGGAUCCAGCAAUUCAAAGCUGCUGACGUGCCCGUUUUGAGCCCGCCACCCCCAGUUUAUGACAUCAUCUACACGCCAACCCAGAAAGAGGCUCCACAGUUUGACAGGUGGAGCGGACACAGCCAAGGAAAACCCGACUCCCUGAAGCUGAGCCAGUCUCAGAGCAGCCGCGCGUCGCACAGCCUUCAGUUCAGCAUUCACCAAGACAACACUGUGUCUCCAGGAUACGCCCAACCCCUCUGUUACAGCUCCAGCCGCCCCGCCUCCAUGGAGACGGCCCGCCUGGGCAGCAGGAACAACAGCGUGCUGUCCCACAGCAGGCCCGAGCACGACCUGCGACCUCCGUCGCUUCGCUACUCCCCCCAGCGCAGCUCGUACAUCCAGCCAGCCAAGAGCUCGGCUGCGUCUCAGAUCUACAGCACGCCGUACUCGCCCCUGCGGCAGGAGAAAGCCACCCUGGUCAAGUCUAACAGCUGGAGCACCCCUCAGACGUCCCUCAGCUACUCCCUGAACGUCCCUCAGCGUCACUCAGACAUGAGCACCACCCGCCAGCCCCUGUCGCCGCUCUAUGAUGAACCCUGCAGCCCUGAAAUCUACUCCCUGGACGAGGCCAAGCCUGUGCAAAACUGGCAAGACAUGAUACAGCAACACCACCAUCAUCUGGGCCCCCAACCCCUGCCCACCUCCUUCCAACUCCACACCCCUCCCACGGGCAGACACUGCAGGAGGAGUCUGGUUCUGACCAACUCCCAGGGCCAGGCCAUGGACGUGCAGACGGGACCCGCUCUGAGCCAGGUGGAGCAGAGAGCCGAGGCCGUGUCCAGGCUGAAGCUGCUGCCUGCACCGGGCCGAGUGCACGAUCAGAAACUCAUCCCAUCGCGCUGUUUGAGGAACAACUUCCAGAUGCCGUACGGUUACUCACCAGACCGCCACUCGUACCUCGAACCCACGGAACCAGACGACCAGGAAAUAGAUUAUGACAACAUUUGGGAGUAUGACUGCGACACCGGAAUGAUUCAACCAACGUGUGGAGUUUCGACACAGUUGACAGGAUUAAAUUUGGGGGCCAGAGGCCUCGGUGCUAUGGCAACGCCGCAGAAAUGGUCAUAAAACCAAACAACAGGCUGCCACCCGUCUGGACGUGUGCAAACAGCAGAUCUGUAUCAGAAGGAUAAUUAAAGCCGACGAUUGCAGCUCCUGCGGUAUGAACCACCAAUCCAGUGGCGUUUCUGCAGGAAUGAGAGGAACCGGAUGCAACCGGCACGUUUUCUGAUUGACAUAAAAUACAGACAGCCUCCAUUUCUUUGAUAUGUAGCAUUAAAUAAAGAGGACAGCAGCGUGCACAUUAUUAUUUUUGUAAAAUAUUAUUGCUGAUGUUUCUUAGCUCUCAUUUUAUUUUUUUAAUAUAAGAGUUUUUGAGCAUGCUAUCCAGUUUACCAAAUGUUAUUUUUCCUAGCUGUAGCUAUAAAAAGCAUUCCGUCAAGGCUUGGUAUAGUAAAGCAUGUAUUUAUUUGUAAAUGUUGUACAUUUAUUAUUUUAUUGCAUUAUGUUACAUAGAUGCAGCACUGCUGCAGAGUACUGAUACUGUACUUUCAUUUGUGAUUGAAGUGUGUGUGUGUGUUUUCUAAUAUAUGGAAAUAAAAGUAGAAAAGUAAA